AACGUAUUACUAUUUUUAACGAGCAAAUAAGCAGAAUCUAAAGCCUAGUACAAAGUGUCUAUUUGGUUGGAACAACGCGGAUUAUGUUUAGAUUGUUUUUAUUUUGAAAACUCUUAACGGAAGUCAACUAAAGUUCGGUCUUGGCUGACACUGAUCUUGCGCUCACUCUUUACCACCGUCACCUGCAGCCGUGGACGCGCAUGGACCAGGGUGGACGUCUUUACUCUGACUUUUUUUCUGUAGCAGGUUUUGUUUAGAAGAUUGAUUUCCUUCAGGACAGUUUGAGCCAUCGUCGUUCGUUUCUCUGAGUGAUGCCAAGUGGAAAGGACCGAACUGGGACCCAAACUUAGGUCGCCUGCUGGCAUGGCACGUCAGGUGUUUCCGCGCUGGGAUACAAGUCGGUUCCUUCUGUCAUGCCGUCGCUAUUCGCGGUGAGUUCGCCUGUAGCACUAUGGAGGAAAGAAAGAGACUUUUCCUUUUCUGUCUUCUUCUGGCGGGACAUCUUUGUCUGAGCUCAACACAAGUCCUCAGAAUCGGUGGUAUUUUUGAGACCCGGGAAAGGGAGUUAGUAAGUAUGGACGAACUGGCAUUCAAGUUUGCUGUAAAUAAUAUAAACCGCAACAAGACGCUCAUGCCCAACAUAACUCUUACCUACGACAUUCAGAGGAUCAACCUGUUUGAUGGCUUCGAGGCUUCCAGGAGAGUGUGUGACCAGCUAGCUCUCGGGGUGGUUGCUGUGUUCGGCCCUUCUCACAGCUCCUCGGUCAGUGCUGUUCAGUCCAUCUGCAACGCUCUUGAGGUCCCACAUAUCCAGACCCGUUGGAAACACCCAUCAGUGGACAACAAAGACACCUUCUUCAUCAACUUGUAUCCUGAGUACACCGCCAUCGCCAGGGCCAUCCUGGAUGUAGUCACUUUCUUCAAAUGGAGGAAGCUGACAGUGGUCUACGAGGACAGCACGGGUCUGAUGCGAAUGCAGGAGCUGAUCAAGGCUCCGGCAAAGUUUAACUUGAAAGUCAAGAUCCGGCAGCUCACACCGGGUAACCAAGAUGCUCGACCUCUGCUUAAGGAACUGAAGAAAGACAAAGAGUUUUUUGUUAUCUUUGACUGCUCCUAUCUUAUGGCUGCGGAGCUCCUUAAGCAGCUGUCGUCAAUGGGAAUGAUGACUGAAUACUACCAUUUCUUCUUCACAACUUUGGAUUUGUUUGCCUUGGACUUGGAGCCUUACCGUUACAGUGGGGUCAACAUGACAGGCUUCAGACUGCUGAACAUAGAUGACCCAUGGGUAGCUUCUACAAUGGACAAGUGACAAGAGAGUGGCCUGAUGGAUGGAGUCAUGACUACAGACGCAGCCUUGAUGUAUGACGCAGUGUUCAUGGUUGCUGUUGCGUCCCAGCGGGCCACUCAGAUGACCGUCAGCUCCCUGCAGUGUCAUCGCCACAAACCGUGGCGCUUUGGACCACGCUUCAUGUACCUUUUCAAAGAGGCACAGUGGGACGGACUGACAGGCCACAUUGUUCUUAACAAGACAGAUGGCCUGAGGAGAAACUUUGAUUUGGACAUCAUCAGCCUCAAAGAGGACGGCACUGCCAGGGGUAUUGUGGAGGGUGGAAGUCGCCUUACGAAAAGAUGGAUCAAGAUUGCCGUGUGGAACUCGUACAGCGGGAUGAACCUGACGGAGAAGUCUACCCGAGACAAGAAUAGCAAUGUGACAGACUCUCUGGCUAACAGGACUCUUAUUGUCACUACAAUACUGGAAAAUCCAUAUGUGAUGUAUAAAAAGUCAGAGAAGGAGCUGGUUGGGAAUGAUCGAUUUGAGGGCUACUGUCUGGACCUGUUGAAGGAGCUCUCCAACAUCUUGGGUUUUACUUAUGAAGUCAGACUUGUGGCUGAUGGGAAAUAUGGAGCCCAGAACGACAAGGGAGAGUGGAACGGGAUGGUCCGAGAGCUGAUCGACCACGUUGCAGACCUCGCUGUGGCUCCCUUGACCAUCACUUAUGUUAGAGAGAAAGUCAUUGACUUCUCCAAGCCCUUCAUGACCUUAGGUAUCAGCAUCCUUUACCGUAAGCCUAACGGCACCAACCCGGGCGUGUUCUCCUUCCUCAAUCCCCUGUCUGCGGAUAUCUGGAUGUACGUGCUGCUCGCUUGCACAGGGGUUAGCUGUGUGCUUUUCGUGAUUGCCAGGUUUACCCCGUAUGAGUGGUACAACCCACAUCCAUGCAACCUGUCCUCAACUCUAAUACAGAACAACUUUACUUUACUCAACAGUUUCUGGUUUGGUGUAGGAGCUCUUAUGCGGCAAGGCUCAGAGCUGAUGCCUAAGGCUCUGUCCACUCGUAUAGUUGGGGGUAUCUGGUGGUUCUUUACCUUAAUCAUCAUCUCCUCCUACACGGCCAAUUUGGCUGCCUUCCUCACGGUUGAGCGAAUGGACGCGCCAAUCGACUCGGCAGACGACUUGGCAAAGCAGACCAGGAUUGAAUAUGGGGCAGUGAGGGAUGGAUCCACCAUGACCUUCUUUAAGAAAUCAAAGAUCUCUACUUAUGAGAAGAUGUGGACUUUUAUGAGCAGCAGGAAGAACACUGCGCUGGUUAAGAACAAUGAGGAAGGCAUCACCCGGGUUCUGACGACGGACUACGCCAUGCUGAUGGAGUCCACCAGCAUCGAGUACAUCAGCCAGAGAAACUGCAACCUCACACAGAUUGGAGGUCUCAUAGACUCCAAGGGCUAUGGGGUGGGAACACCUAUUGGUUCUCCAUACAGGGAUAAAGUGACCAUUGCCAUCCUUCAGCUGCAAGAAGAAGGGAAGCUGCACAUGAUGAAAGAGAAGUGGUGGAGAGGCAAUGGAUGUCCAGAGGAGGACAACAAGGAGGCCAGCGCACUGGGUGUGGAAAACAUCGGUGGAAUCUUCAUCGUCCUGGCUGCUGGUCUGGUUCUCUCUGUGUUCGUGGCUAUCGGCGAGUUCAUCUACAAGGCCCGCAGGAACGCUGACAUAGAGGAGAGUGUGUCUUUGAGAGCAGUAAUGGAGGAGCUGGGUAUCUCCCUGCAGUGCUACAAAGGAAUUCGAAGGAGGUCGCGACCACGCAGUGGAGCAAGGUCAGCUUGCAUCUUCUGUCAACCCAAAUGUACUGCAAAGAGGGAGGGAGGGCGACAGGACUCCAGCACUUGAGCCUUGGAGACUGCUAUUUAAUCACUUUCCAC